CGUCUUCUGCAGCUAGCCAGUCAUAUUCAGAGGAAGGUCGUUGGUAGUUACAGCCUUACAGGCCGGGUAGUUAUGCGGCGGUUAAUAAGUUGCGUCGGCCUGCUGCUCCUGCUCGGCGCCCUGCUGGCCGCGCUCAGCCCCGCCGUCGUCGUCGCCACCGCGCGCAGAGAGAUGCUAAUGGCGGCCAGCCGCGACGAAGGCCGAGGCCGUGCGGCAGCCGUGAACAUCUUAGGAAACGCGCCGCCGCCGCCGCCAGCGUCGGCGAAUGGUGGGGAAGAUGUGAUCGGGAGGAGGAAGGAUGAGGCGGUGGUGGCGAGGAGCCACCGCCGUUUCAGGACCAGGAGGAUCCCUGCCUCGGGCUCGCAGGUUCAGUUCGGUGGCCGGAUACCCUUCACCGCCGACUACCACUCGGUCCACAGGCACCCGCCCACCCACAACUAAGAACAACCAGGGGGGCACGCUCUCUGUCCUUCUCAAUACCAAGCCCGUCUCUGAAUAUUUCUAAACAGUAUCUUCUUCAGUUCUUCUUCUACCUCUCUCUUUUUUUUGUAGCUUUUAGGUUUGGAUCUUAAUUAGUAGUGAAAUAUACUGUGUGCAACCUGUAUGUUAUGUUACUCUUUUAUUUUUCCUUUUUUAGGUCUAGAUGAUUAGAUCCUUAGUAACAAUAUAUACUGUAGUAGUGCCUAUGCAAGCAGCUGUAUGUUUGGGGCCAUUUUGUCUGAA